AUGAGAGUACAGCAACUGAUAAAUGAUGACAAGGUUCUCGAAUAUGCCAAUAAAGCCGCUGGAACUUUCAAUAUGUUUAAUUACCAGAAUGAGAUCCGGAGUAGAGACGAUUUUCUGGAGAUCUGGUAUCAGGCAAUGGCGUUACAACAGUUCAAAGAGGUCAAGACCGUCGUAAUACUUGGAGUUAAGCUCUGUGGGGAUUUCUUCUACAACAUGGUCGACUGGAUUGCCGAGACCCGAGCAUUAAUGGAAGGUUUCCGAGUUGAGAUUGUGGUGGUUCCCUGUUGUCUACACAAGAGUAUACGUAGCAUUAAUCUUGAUCCUGUCCAGGAGAUGGCUAGGUAUGCCCAUACCCUCUCUGAUAGGGUUGAUGUUUUGCCUACAACCUCUUCCUCAUACAAGAUUAUCCGUUUCAAGCUCAGAUGA